GGAGACAAAAAGAGAGCGGGCGAGCGUUUGGGGAAGGAAGAAACAUUGGCAGAGAAAAUGGCGAUCACUCUGAGCAGCGGAUUCAAGAUGCCCAUAAUGGGUUUGGGAGUGUGGCGUGUGGAGGGAAAUGCCAUGAAGGACCUCGUCGUCAACGCCAUCAAGUUGGGCUACCGCCAUUUUGACUGCGCAGCUGACUAUAAGAAUGAAGCAGAAGUUGGCGAGGCACUUGAAUUUGCCUUUCAGCAAGGGCUUGUCAAAAGAGAAGACCUUUUCAUAACCACUAAGCUCUGGAACUCGGAUCAUGGGCAUGUUCUUGAAGCAUGCAAAGACAGCUUAAUGAAACUAAAGCUAGAUUACUUAGAUUUAUACCUUGUCCACUUUCCCAUUGCCACAAAACAUACAGGGGUUGGAACAACAGACAGUGCUUUGGAUGCCAAUGGUGUGCUUGAGAUAGACACUACCAUAUCAUUGGAAACCACCUGGCAUGCAAUGGAAGAACUGGUUUCCAUGGGUUUGGUUCGUAGCAUUGGUAUCAGCAAUUUUGAUAUCUUUUUGACAAGGGAUUGCCUUGCUUAUUCAAAAGUGAAACCUUCGGUCAACCAGAUAGAGACACACCCCUACUUUCAGCGUGAAGAUCUUGUGAAAUUCUGCCAAAAGCAUGGGAUCUGUGUUACUGCUCAUACUCCUCUUGGUGGCGCUGCGGCCAAUACAGAGUGGUUUGGUUCUGUUUCUUGCUUAGAAGAUCCUGUUCUCGUGGAUCUAGCCAAGAAUUACGAUAAGACACCUGCUCAGUUAGCCCUUCGGUGGGGCAUACAGCGGAAGACUGUGGUUAUUCCGAAGACUUCAAAAUUUGAGAGGUUGAAGGAGAACAUAGAGGUCUUUGAUUUUGAUAUAUCUGCUGAAGACAUGGACACCAUUAAGAGGAUGGAUCGAAAGCUUCGCACCAAUCAACCAGCUGUAUUCUGGGGAAUUGAUCUUUUUGCAUAGUUUCCCAACAACUUUAGAGGAGUACUAUGUAGCCGCAGCUAUACUGCCAUUAGCAAUGGCAUAACUUUGUCAAAUUAAUGAUCUGAACAUGCAUAUCCUUGUCAUUCCAAAUAUUCCAUGAAUUCAAGAUUGGUUAUUGUCGUCGUUGUGUUAUCA